AUGAUAAAAAUAGCACACUGUUAAAAGACCAUGGACCGGAACAUUCUAAAAACGUUUCAGAAAGGAGGGGCCACACUGGUCAGUGAAGAGGAAUUGCUUCAGCUGGCUAAGGUGAGACCACCACAAUCAAAUGGUGGUUCACAAUGUAAUAUUGAAAGUCUAAUACAGAAGAUUAAGACACAGAUAGAACAGCAGGAGGCCCUUAAAGAAUUUAUGAGUUUAGACCAUAUCAAACCACUUGAUGACUGCCAUGUUGCCAAAGCACCAGAAAACCGAGAAAAGAACAGAUACCGAGAUAUCCUCCCAUAUGAUCUAACAAGAGUUACCCUUGGAGAAAAGAAAGACUUCAUCAAUGCCAGUUACAUUCGUGUUCCAGUGGGCGAAGAAGAGCUCUUUUACAUCUCAACCCAAGGCCCUCUUCCUUUCACCACAAAUGACUUCUGGCAAAUGGUCUGGGAAAACCACUCCAAUGUCAUUGCCAUGAUUACAAGAGAAAAGGAGCAUGGGAUACAGAAAUGCCAUCGAUACUGGCCUGAGCCUCCCAGUGAUUCUAUUGAUUUGACCCAGUUCCAGUUGCGACUGGAUAACUACCAAAUCCUGAAUUGUUUUGUUAUUAGAAUAAUAGAAGUGAUGAACAAGCAGACAUUGGAGAGGCGCCUGGUGCAUCACCUCCAGCUCACAACCUGGCCUGACCAUGGCACACCCAGAUCAUCGGAAGACCUUCUCAAGUUUGUUCGUUACAUGAGAAACAUUCACCGGUCAGGACCUAUCAUUGCACACUGCAGUGCUGGCAUUGGAAGGAGUGGAGUUCUGCUUUGUGUGGAUGUUUUGUUGCGCUACGUAGAAAAGGCUAUUCCUUUUGACAUCAAGCAGAUUGUAACACAUUUGAGGCAUCAGCGAUGUGGCAUGAUCCAAACCAAGGAACAGUAUGUGUUUUGUUAUGAAAUAGCUCUUCACGUCCUGAAGAACAUUCAGAGCAUGAGAUCCUAACAUCCACAGUAAAGAAAACACAACUUUUACAU